AUGUUCCCGCGGAGGCCGCCUGCCUCCCUGGUCGCCUGGCUGGCGGGGGCACGGGGCGGGGGCCUACUGGCCGUGCUGGCCAAUCAGUGCCGCUUCGUGACGGGCCUGCGCGUGCGGCGCGCACAGCAGAUCGCGCAGCUCUACGGCCGCCUCUACUCGGAAAGCUCGCGCCGCGUCCUCCUCGGCCGCCUUUGGCGCCGGCUGCACGGCCGCCCUGGCCAUGCCUCUGUCUUGAUGGCGGCGCUCGCCGGCGUCUUCGUGUGGGACGAGGAGAGGAUCCAAGAGGAGGAGUUGCAGAGAUCCAUGAAUGAGAUGAAACGGUUGGAGGAAAUGUCAAAUAUGUUUCAGAGUUCUGGAAUCAGGUGCCAACCUCCAGAUCCAAAAUCUCAAACAGAAGGGAAUGAAGAUUCGCAGGGCAAAGAGCAGCCGUGGGAAAUGGUGAUGGAUAAGAAACACUUCAAGCUGUGGCGGCGUCCAAUUACAGGCACCCAGCUUUACCAGUACAGAGUUUUUGGAACUUACACAGAUGUGACACCACGGCAGUUCUUCAAUGUUCAGCUAGACACAGAGUAUAGAAAAAAGUGGGAUGCCCUGGUGAUCAAGCUGGAGGUGAUCGAGAGGGAUGUGGUUAGUGGUUCUGAGGUUCUUCAUUGGGUAACCCAUUUUCCUUAUCCAAUGUAUUCACGGGAUUAUGUUUACGUUCGGCGGUAUAGUGUCGAUCGGGAAAACAACAUGAUGGUGUUGGUGUCACGUGCUGUGGAGCACCCUAGUGUGCCAGAAUCACCGGAAUUCGUCAGGGUCAGAUCAUACGAGUCCCAAAUGGUUAUCCGUCCCCACAAGUCAUUUGAUGAGAAUGGCUUUGACUACUUGCUGACAUAUAGUGACAAUCCCCAGACUGUGUUUCCUCGCUACUGUGUUAGUUGGAUGGUUUCCAGUGGCAUGCCAGACUUCCUGGAGAAGCUACAUAUGGCCACUCUGAAAGCCAAGAACAUGGAGAUUAAAGUAAAGGACUACAUCUCAGCUAAGCCUUUGGAAAUGAGUAGUGAAGCCAAGGCCACUGCCCAACCCUCUGAGCGGAAGAAUGAGGGUAGUUGUAGCCCUGCUCGGAUUGAGUAUGCCUGAGGGGCUUUGGGAUAAGAAGGGAUAGGUUUCCAGCCCUGUCUCAAUCCUUUAUCACUCUGCUAUGGAAUGGGGACAAGCCACAUGUAUUAGAAGGCGUCUUCUGUAACUACCUGUGCAAGAUAAUUCAAUAACUGAUGUCUGAUUUUAUUCAGAGCCCUUAUUGCUCUUAUCAACACAGAGAGAAGAAGGCGACAUCCAUGGGGAUGUUGCCAUAGUCUCAGGCCAACCAUUUUGAAAUUCAGUAUUCUACUGAACUAAUCUGGAACAAACUUCUCACCUCAGGCCAGAAGGGGAUGACCUUCAUUUGUUUCCUGAGUAGUUUCCUCUGCUGACAUUCCAAAUCUCACUAUUGGUUUUGCAGUGCUUUCGAUUUCCUUUAGUUCUGCAGGUCCACCUGGAAAGUGUAGUUGACUCAUCUAUCAAAUGAGGGGGUCACUGGAGUGUUCUUGGUGGCAGUUGACAUGAAUGGAUGUGAACAAUACUUGGCCAUGUUAAGUGCCUUGUCCUUACCUUGCUUUUAUCUUUAGGGACAUGAAGUUUGUACCAAGAACUUUCUCUCUUUGCCUGCAUAAUACCACCCCAUUUACUAACUUUAUUUACCCAAAGCAGUUUCCUUUGAAUUGGCCAGUUCUUCAGUAUUCAUGUAACUGUAUACCUUGGAUCAUUGCCUCUUUCCUCACCUUAGCCCAUUUAGGUGAGUACUGAAGAGUACUGGAAGAUGAGUCCUUUUAGAUAGUAGCUCUGUUUAUCAUCAGUGUGUUGAUAGGGUCAGUGGAGACGCUCAAAACAUCGUAUUUGAAUUUAGUUUUAAUUUUUUUAACCUUUGUGUCAAAAAGGAGGAGUUGGGGGAGUUGAGCAGAAUAUAGUCCCAUUGUAUAGAAAACACUUUAGAUUUAGGCAUUAUUUUUCAGACUUAUGUUUGACUUGUCCUUUUUGGAAGGUUAAAGGCAGAGGAAUGGUGGCUGGGCCACUGUCUCGGAGCUCUUAGGUCUGUAGAUAAGCGGUGUGAACUCAUAGAUGUGAUCUUGCCCCAAAUACUAAUAUAGUGGGGAUUUGAUUUAUGUGACCCUCUUGUUUCUGUAAAAAGAUUUUCCUUCUCUCUUCAGAGUAAAAACCAGCUAUGGUGUUCAGAUAAGGUCACAUUAGAUGGUAUCAGUUUGGCCUAGCUGGUUUCGCUGUGGUCAUGCUGCAGUCUCUCGGGAGAAUAGGGAUCAAGUUUUAAAUCUUCCUCCCUCCUUUUUUUCUGGAGUUUAAAUGGCCAGAUUUUUCCCUUUUUUCUUUUUCCUUUCUUUUUUCCCCUGCUUGCUACCCUUUUGUGGUGUUGAAAAGGUGUUAUAAACCUGAGACUAAUAUAAACCUUUCCUUGACCUCCUUGCCUGUUCAGAUUUGUGCCAAGGAAGUAACUGCCCCAGUGUUUUACGUCUUGCCUUCUCUGAGUUGUUGGCAUAGCAGAGAGAGAUGCAUUGAACAGUCCCAGCUUCUUUUCAUUAAUCACUUCUCUGGACCUGACAAAAAAGCAGGAAAGAGACCCUGGGUUGUGUCCGAACUUAGCACCUGUGAUCAUUGGGGCAUGGAUGGGUGUGGGUAUAUGUGUGUGCACAGGUGCUGAGAAGUUGUGGUUACUCCGUGUUCUGACUUACGGCAAUUUGACUCUGUACUUGGGGUCUGUCUGUACGGUUACUUAUGUAAUUGUAAUGAUUUCACUCCUAACUGUGACAUUUUUAUCAAAUGCGUGAAUAAAUACAUAAAGAUUGGUACAAAA